AUGAAGCAGCGUUAUUCUGUUCAGAAAGGUCCCAAGCGCCCUGAGAGCGAGCAGAAAGUCACUGAUAGGGGGACCCCGAACGAGAGGUCAAAGGAGCCAGAUGUCACUCGCUCAGGUAGCCGAGACUCUGUCCUAGGUUCUCUCAUGCAUAGGGUGAUCUUGGCCCAGUCUCAUCUAGCUUCGCGGACUGACGAGGUACAGUUUCGGCCAUCUCGUGGCCAACAACCAUCGUCUGCCUCUUUCAGCCACCGUCGACCAGACCAAAGCGCUCGAAGCCACCAGCAGAGCGUGUCCGCUGAACCCAAUGACGGCAGGCGGAUCGACAACACACGCUCCUCUCGGAUUGAGUCGGAUUAUAUUUGGAAGAUGAAAGAGAAGGAUACACACAUCCAGACGCUACAGGCAGAAUAUACUAAGUCUAUCCAAGCAUAUGACGCCCGUAUCGCGGAUUAUACUCGGCGGAUGGAGGAGCAAGAGCGGCACAUAACGGGACUGGAGCAGGACCGGACCAAGCUUGAAAAAGACCUCGACGACCUGAGGGACGAAUGUCAGAGGCUAAAAUCUGUAGCUCUCGUCGCCCAAGAAGGCGCCCUCAAAGCAAUGGCAAAGGGAGGCCAUGUCCCGAAAGAGGACCGCGUGGUCAGGGGCGAGCUGACCAAGCUGCAGGAUGGGGUGCGGCAGUGGGCUCGGAAAUACGCCGUGGACGCCAUGGCUGACAUUGACAGUGUCCCUAGCCAGGACAAAGAUCAGGUGAUCAAGCACUUGAAAGGCUACUGCAUCCAAACAGAGUGGAGUUCGUUGGUCCGCAAGGCUCCGAUCCCUCCGAACAAGAUCCCAUUUGUCCUGCUUGAGUCACUGCUUGCCAAGGAUAUAUUCGGGCAGAUGUUCACGAAUCCCUUCUUCCUUUUUCCGGAGGCGAGCGAUGAUUCUACGCUUCCCGACCGGAUGAGCAUGCACCUCUUACACGAUGCCAUGAAACAAGGUAUGCUCCCUAUCCCGGCCUUACUGCAGGGGUUGACCCGAGAGUGGGUCAAAGCCUUCCUCAAUAGCCCUGCUCAGCUGCUUCUUCGCGCGAUCACAGACCAGACAAGCCUGAGGAUGCGCAAUGCAGAACUGCAAAAGCUAUAUCACGGAGCGGGCAAGCUGGCGUUAUCCCUCUGGGCUCAGAGAGCGUCCAUCCGGUGCCAUGGCCUGUCCCAGUUGCAGACCUUUAAUUCGUCGUCCCCAACGAUGAGCGCUCAUCGGCUACAUCAGCUUGACGAGGACGAUGAAUGCCUUGAUGGGCGGAGAGUCCUGGCCUGUAUGCAACCGGCGGUGUUGGCGUUCGGAAAUGAGAGUGGGGAGAAUUAUGAUACUAGCAAGAUAUGGGCCAACGCCGUUGUUCUGGUGGCAGAUGAACAGGAGUAA